GCUCACAAACAGAUUAUGAAAAACGAACAAACUGGUGAAGUUUUGCUCCCACCGUCUGCAUUCCUCACCUCGAAUCCUAAUCAUUUCGAUUAUCCUCAGUAUAUGAACAAUCAUGCUGAACACACUAAUAAUUCGAUAUCGAACAAUAAAAGCAGUAAAAAUUUGUCAAUGAAUUCAGUUAUUCCUAAAGAAAGUAAGAAUUCAACUGAUUCGAACGAUGAUGAUCAUUUUAAUGAGCAAAUCAAUUCAGAAGCGACAAAAUUCACCUAUAUCAAUAAAUUUGUCAAUGAACUAAAGCAGGAAAAUGAAUCUCUUUUACGAAGUCAAACAAAAGCUUUAGACGAAUUGAACAAAAUACGAGCAUACAUUGAAUUCGGCAGGGUUCCAUCUAAAAAUACAUUGCAUGAAGAUUCAUGUGAACAACAUAAAUGUGUUUGCAACACAGAAUUAUUAGAAAAGUUGAAAUAUUUAGAAAAUAAAAAUUCUCAAUUAAAUCUUCAACUUGAACAAAUGAAUAAUCGAAUGAGUAGUUUAGAGACAGUUUUAGCAAUUCAAGAAAAACAAUUAUCAAAAGAAACUAAUAAUGAAGUGUCAUCUAUUUACAAUAAGUCUGGAAAAGUGGAAAAUUUACUUUGCACAUGGCGCAGACAUGUUUUACGCUUACUUAUUGAAAUAGAAAAUCUGAAGUCUGAAAAUUCCUAUACUGUGAACAAACCAAAACGUGCCUACGAAAAUUUGCUUUCAGAAUUUAACUCUUUAAAGGCAACUUUAGAAGCAACUGAAUUUAAACUGAAAGCUAGUGAUUCUGCUUUGAACAUUGAACGUAAUAAAAGACAAGGAUUUGAAAGAGAUUUGGAAAGUUUACAUUCAAAAUUAGCAACGACUCAAUCAAAUUUAACAGAAUUGCAUGAGAAUUAUAAGAAAUUCGCUUUAAAUACAAAACAACAUCUUUGUCAAAUUGUAAAGGAUAUGCAAACGUUUAUGAAUUGGCCAGAAUCCAGUUCAUUCAAUCAACAAUCCCCAACAACAAUAUGCUCAGUUUUUCGUCGUUUAAGACAUUUAGAAAGACGUUUAGAUUUUGCUAAUUCUCGGCUUCCUUUACUACGUACUCAUUUAUUAUUAUUAUCAUCAUCAUCACAUCAGAGAGUAAAUGUCACUACAAAGUUUGUUAACCAGUCGACACAGAUCACAUACGGAUUAAAACAUUGGAUUGGUGAUAUUUUAUCAGAAUCAGAGAAAGAAGAGAUUAUUUCUCAGGCUCAAAUGGAAGCACUUCAGGCUAUAAAGGAGCGCGAUCGAGCAUUAGAACAAUUGUCCGAUUAUGUUAAAUCAUUUAAUAACCGCGUUCAGGAUGCUGAGAAAGCAGUUCUAACCGAAUUAUCAGAACUUCGAGAAGCUAACAAAAUUUUGAAUCUAUCUUUACAUGAUGAACAAAAGAAAUUACAAGAAUGUUCAGAUCAAUUAAAAAGUGAAAAACAAGCCAAUAAUGAUCUCGAAAAAAAAUAUACAGACGAAACUACACUUUUAAAAACGGAGCUUUAUGAGACAAAUAUGAAACUUAAUAAAGCUUUGACGGAACUACGUCGUGCUGAACGUCGUAUUGACCGGGAAAUUAAUGAAAGAAAACUACAGGUCAAUAAUAUCGAAAAUACCUACAAGUCCAAAAUCCAAACUCUAGAGAAUGCACUUCAUUCGUUUUAUCCAGAAUCCUAUCGUUGCUAUGGCAACAAUAUAGCAAAGCCAUCAAAUUUUAUGAAAAAAAUGACAAGUCCAGUAGUACCCACAUUCCCAAAUCAUAUUGGCAAGUCUAUUUCAAAUUGUUUAACUUUACCACAUUUUAGAUCUCGAUGAAUCAAUACGUAAACUUGAUCACCUUGCUGAUCGACUGAACAGCGACUUAUCAAGUGAUUCAGAUGCUGAAAAAGAUAAUGACCAGUGACUCUUAGAAUCAUAAAAGUUGUGUACAUCUUCCUGUUCUAGUUUGUUUUCAACAUAGUACAAAACAUUGAAGUAUCCGGACCCGUGCAUAGGUGUGUAUCAGUAUCAACUCUAGGAUAACCGUUACCUGACUCGCUUGUAAAAUAACGGAUUACUAUACUGUAUAGUUUCGU